AGGGCGUGGAAUAGGAAGGUCGCCCUCUCCCAUCCCUCCUUUAUGAGAUGCUCAAGUCAGGAGGAGCGUGGUCAGCUGGCUUGGAGUGGUGAAUCUCUGAUGGUCCCUAUGGUCGGAAGAUCUCCUGCAGUCUUUUCUUCACUACAGGGUGGCCAAAAUGUGGUCUUUGCCCCCUCCGGAUCUCUCUUCCCACGUGACUUGGGGGAGUUCUGGGCGGGGAAGCCUCUCUCCGCUAGAUUUGAGGCUGGUUCUCAGACUGUGUGGAGAUUGAAGGGAACCUCCAAAUCCUUGAAGUGCUGAGAUCUCCCGGAACAUCCCAGAGGCCCUAACCAGACCUGCCUUAUGCAGGAAGGGUACCCACCAAUGUGGCUAUCCCUUGUCCUCCUCUAGUGUCCAGGUCCUGGCUGAUCCAGGAACCCUUUGGCCUCCAGAGGCUCCCAGGAUGCCCAUCAUUGAUGGACACCAUUGAUUUGUCCUCAUGAACUGGGGUGUGCUUCAGUAACAAACAGCACCAACAUGGCAGAGCAGGAAAGGAAGAAACCCCAAAUCAGUGUUACCCUGGCUCACAGACAUCCAUUCCCACAAAACACCUUAACUCCAAGGGGCAGGGACUUGCCAGUGUACAAUCCUUUGGAAAAGGUGCAAACAGAGAAACUGGAGUGAUCAGUUUCUGGGUGAUACGACUAUAUUCCUACAGAGUCCUCUGAGACCAUAGUUCUUGAGUCCCAAAGAGCUGUCGAGUGAUUGGAUUCCCUGUGGUGGGAAGGGAAUAUGCACGCUAAGGCUGCUUCACCUGUUUAGUUUGGGACAAUGACAACCUGUCCGUAUUACUAAUAGGUUGUCUAUUACUACGAGGCUAUGUCUGAACUGCCAAGAGGUCCACACAAUUCCAAGUCUGACGCCUGUCAAUUACUCAGGCAUGUCCGUGAAAAAGCUGAAGAUCUGAGCGAGUGUGCUUCUCUAACAUGCACAGAGCCCUGGGUUCCAUCCCUAACCCUGCAUAAACCGGGCAUGGGGGACUUGGCUGUGUUCUCAGCACUCAGGAAGCGGAGGCAGGAGGAUCAGAAGCUUAAGGACAUCCCUAGCUACAUAAUCACUCUCUAUGAGGGCAAGCACUUCACAGGGCGGAAGCUGGAGGUCUUUGGGGACUGUGACAACUUCCAGGACCGAGGCUUUAUGAACCGAGUGAACUCCAUCCGUGUGGAGAGUGGAGCUUGGGUCUGCUUUGAUCACCCUGACUUCCGAGGCCAGCAGUUCAUCCUGGAGCACGGUGACUACCCUGAAUUCUUCCGCUGGAAUGGCCACAAUGACCACAUGGGCUCCUGUCGGCCUGUGGGCAUGCAUGGAGAACAUUUCCGCAUAGACAUCUUCGAGGGCUGCAACUUCACAGGCCAGUGCCUGGAGUUCGUGGAAGACUGCCCCUUCCUACAGAGCCGGGGCUGGGCCAAGAGCUGCGUCAACGCCAUCAAGGUGUAUGGCGAUGGAGCGUGGGUCCUCUACGAGGAGCCCAACUACCGCGGCCGCAUGUACGUGGUGGAGAGGGGCGACUUCCGCAGCUUCUCCGACUGGGAGGCCCACAGCGCACGCGUGCAGUCGCUCCGCAGGGUGCUCAACUUCUUCUAGUCCCACCUGGGGACGUGCAGCCUACGGAGGCAAUAAAGAUCCUAAAAGCCGA